GCGCACCGAGCAUAGCUGCACGUUCUGUAUUUGCUCCCAGCUGCUUCCCACAGGCGUUAUUGAACAUCAUGGCUGCUUCCGUGGUCUACAUUUUCGCAGCACAGAGCGUCAGAUGGCUCAUUAGCGUUUACUUUUUGGCCGCUGUGCACUAUACAAACGUGGCUCAUGGAGAUAGAAUCAACGGGCCUGGUUGCGGCAUUUCAGCACCCAUCGGAAGGAUUGUCAAUGGCGAAAAAGUUGAUCGGCUACAAGUACCAUGGAUAGUAUACCUCGAGAUAAAGUACAUGGAUCGAACAAACCGUCGGGUAAAAGUUAAAUGUGGAGGAAGCAUUAUCUCUCCGAGCUUCAUACUCACCGCUGCACACUGCCUCUAUAGGAAACGCAGAGAACCACUGGGUGCUAUCAUCUACUACAAUGAGACAAGGAGAAAGCAAGGACCCCGGCGCAGAGCUGAGUUGUUCAUUCGUCAUCCUUCGUUCAAUAACCCAGCGAACGACAUCGGUCUGAUAAAGUUGCGGCGCCCUAUUCCUUUCGACAGUUUUGUACAUGCUGUCUGUCUACCAAUAAGGAACUUCAAUCUUGCAAGAAGGCAUUCUCUUGUAGCAGGAUGGGGAAGAAUAGCAGAAAGUGGUCGAUCAUCGGAUGACCUCCUCUACAUUACAAGAGAAGUGCUUCCAUUUGAAUUGUGCAAAGCAACUUUCAACAGACCGAGCCUGCUGAGAAAACUGCACAGAGGCAAUGUGAUAUGCACAUCGUCCGUCUCCAAAGACAGCUGUAAGGGUGACUCGGGAGGCCCGCUGACCACGUGGCUGCACGGAGUUCGUUCGGUGCAAGUGGGCAUCGUGUCCUUCGGCGUCGGAUGCGCCAGGCCCGACAAGCCCGGUGUAUACACGCGCGUAUCCGCCUUCGUGCCCUGGAUAAAAUGGCAGAUCGCUAUAAACUACGAUCUCUAGCUGCGCUUUGUGAAACACGAAACCCCUCCACCAUAGUGCCAAUAUAUUAGCCUACAAAAAUACUGAUUAAGAUGCCUUCUAGAUAUACAGGUGCAAGCCAUGAGUCUGCAGUAGCGCUCAUGUUCACACAGUAUGCCCUAAAUAAACAGACGUUUGACACAAGGAAGACAAACCGUAUUCGUUUAUACAUUACAAAGCAAAAUAAAUUGGCCUUCUAACAAAACUUUUCUGCAUUUC